AUGAUAGAAGUGCUGGUCAACGACAGACUUGGCAAGAAGGUCAAGGUCAAGUGCUUGGAAUCUGACACCAUUGGCGACUUGAAAAAGAUGCUUUCGUUGCAGUUGGGCACCUCCUACGACAAGCUCAUCUUGAAGAAGGGGUACUCGGUCUACAAGGACCACAUCAGCUUGGACGACUACGAGAUCCACGACGGGUUCAACUUCGAGUUGUACUACGGGUAG